AUGUCUGACAAGCGAAUCUCCUUCACUGUUGAUGGUGAGGUGCAAGCUAUUAGAUCUUACACCCAGAAGCAGGCCAAGAGCAUUGGCGUCACGGGCUUCGUGACAAAUUCCUCAGACGGCACCGUACAAGGCGAGGCGCAGGGCAGUGCUGACCAACUGAAGGACUUUGUUCAACACCUGAACAAGGGCCCUCCAGCAGCGUCCGUCUCAACUGUAGAGCAAAGUGACAUCUCAUCGAAGAGUGGCGAAAGCAGCUUCACUGUACAGUAA